CGGCCGAAGAAGUCGCGUUGAUCGGGAUUUUGGAUCAGCUUCCCCCGGAACUCUCCACCACGGUGGAAGCGUUGAUCGCGCGGGAAAAUCUGACAUUGACGCACCUCUGCGACUUGAUCACGGAGGCGAGUGAGGCGAUUUUACGGCGUCAGUCGGAGCAUAAUCCGACCGCGUUGGCAGGCAAGGGAAACGGAAAGGAUCAC